CUAUUGUCUACUACUACCUGAGGAAAUUUCCUUAUUUCAUUCAAAAUAUUUUUACUUUCUUUUUUCUGGUUGUUGAUGAUCAGAGAAGAACAAAAGGAGAUUAAGUUUUUUAUUUGUUGUACUUGAGAAAAAAAAAUGUUGGGUUCUUCUUCUUCUUCUUCAAAGGGAGGAGGGAACAACAACUGUGACUAUUCAUUUAAGAUAUUAUUGAUUGGUGAUUCUGGAGUUGGCAAAAGUAGUUUACUUGUUACUUUCAUCUCUAACUUUGUUCAUGAUCUUUCUCCCACCAUAGGGGUGGAUUUCAAAAUCAAGAUGGUCACAAUUGGUGGGAAAAGAUUGAAACUUACAAUCUGGGACACAGCUGGUCAGGAGAGAUUCGGAACAUUAACUAGCUCGUACUAUAGGGGUGCACACGGGAUUAUCCUUGUAUAUGACGUGACUCGGCGUGAAACCUUCACCAACUUAUCUGAAGUUUGGGCAAAGGAAGUCGAGCUCUACUCCACUAAUCAAGAGUGUAUCAAAGUUCUGGUUGGCAACAAAGUUGACAGGGACAGUGAAAGGGCUGUAACUCAAGAAGAGGGUAUGGCUCUUGCGCAGCAGCUUAAAUGUUCUUUUCUCGAAUGCAGUGCUAGAACCAGAGCAAAUGUGCAUCAAUGCUUUAAAGAUCUCGUUUUAAAGAUUCUCGAGGUACCUACUUUAUUGGAGAAAGGAUCGACUGCGGUCAAGAAACAGAUUUUGCAGCAGAAACAAGUACGGAAACCACCCGAAAGCAAUACCUGCUGCUUUCAAUGAACAUUCUUCAACACUGGAGGUAUAAUCAUACACAAUAAUGUUACACCACUACAUAUAGAAAGUUCCACAACAGAUGUUAAUAGUCGCAACAAAGUUAUUCCCGGACGCACCGAUCGGACAUCCGAUCGUAUGUUAUAGAUAUAAAGAUAGUUUCGUCGGAGACAUCUUCAUUUCUUCAUUCGUAAUUUUUCAAAAUAUAGGGAGAUGAGGUUUCAUCUUAGGUUAAGGUAAAUUUUUGUUUUACCAAAUGUUUUUUUAUUGUCUUAUGCUUAUUAUUAUCAUUAUUUUUGAAAAUUAAUGUUUGUUUGAGAAUUUUCAAGGAGUGUUUGUGUGAGGGUUUAUUAGAGAAUUUACAUUAAAAAGAAGAUUACGUAUAAUCUUUCAAUAUUGUAUAUUAUAUAUAAUUUUUAAGUUCAUCAUCUACCCCACACGACUCACAUUCAUUAAAUAUUUAUUUAUUUAUUUAUUUUUAUACCAUAUUUA